ACAACUGUGGUCACGAAAGGAGCUGGCUGACUAUACUGUCAGCUUUCCAUUUUAAUAGUAAUGGCACAUUUUCACAGAUCAGGGAUCCAGACUGACAGCAGAAAGCCCAGGAAUAUCAGCAGCAGGAUGCAGGAUUUUCUAGAUGACGCCCCCAUGCCAUAUAUUACCCCAGCUACCCCAGCCUCCUCCAGCCUGACUUAUUCUGAGCUUGAGGAACACAUGAAGAUGCGGGUGGAGAAGAGAGAAGACUUGGCCUCUUUAGAAACAAGGAAUGUUACUGCCCAGGACUUCCUCAGAAACCUUGAUGCCCCCAGGGUAUCGUUUGACCCCCUGGUAGAUGUUCCAGACUCCAGGCCCCAGCUGUCACACUACAAGCUGAUAGCAGACACCAUUCACAGUGAAUAUGCAGCGCUGCUGGUGAAAUUCGACAGCCAGCAAGCUGAGGUAAGGGAUCUCCAGAAUAGACUGGCAUUAAAGGGGGCUUCCAUGGAGCAGAUGAAGGCUGAGCUGGAGAACUAUAAGGAGAACAGUGCCCGCCAGGCCUCCCUCAUCAUGUCUCUGAGAGACCACGUCAAAGGAACAGAGACCCUGUCAGCAACGAAGUCACAGGCAGAUACCAGCCUCCGUGCUUUACAAAGAGAGAACCGGGAGCUCAAAGAAAGGGUCACAGAACUAAAAGACAGACUGAGGUUGCAACUUUCAGAGAGAGAGGAUGCUGAACACAAAGCAACUCACAUGGAGAGGAGGUUGACAGACAUCACAGCUAAACUUGCAUCAUGCCUAAAGAUUAACACAAAGGGGCCAGACAAUCCUCUUGAUGCUGUGAUAUUAAAAGUUUCUGAGUUAUGUGAGGAACAUUUUCGACAACAAGUAAAAAUUGCAAGUUUAAUGGAUGCGCUAGCCAGCCAAGACCAGGAGUUCAAGGCAAGUCGAGAGACGAUUAUGAAGCUUGUCUCGGAAGUGAGCCAGCAGAAGAGAGCUGCGGCUACUUGUACUGAUGAGAUGAAAGUACUGAAGAAGGAAAGAGACGAGGCCCUUCUAGCCAGAGCAACCUCAAACCGAGAAGGCAAGCUGCUAUGGGAAAGACUGGGAGAGAGCCAGAAGGCCUUGGAUGCCUCAAGGCAGGAGCAGCUUCAUACAGAACACGAGAAGAAGCAAAUGAGCGAUCUCUUGCACUCCAAGCUCCAGGAAGCCAAAGCUGCUCACCAUCUCUAUAUGACCUUCCUCAGUCAACUGGCAAAGCUUUUAAGCAACGACUUAAUCACCGUGCCUGAGUCAGAGGAAGUCGUGACAGAAAGAAUACGAGAACUCUGCAGUCAAGUGAAGGACAGGAAGAAUAAAGAGGAGAAUUGUGAAAAGAGAAUUGGUAAAUUGAGCAGGCAGUUGGAGCAGCAGUGUGAGCUGCAGCACGAGACUAUGGGACGUGCACAGAAAGCAGAGCAGCAGCUACAGGAGCAGCAGCAGUCCCUCUGGCACCUCCAAGGAAAUGCUGCUUCAAAGGACUUACUUAAAGACAGUUUUUUCUUAGAGAAACAGAAGCACUUGAAAUUUGUAAAUGAGCUUAGAAAGAAGCUAAAGGUGGAAGAAGAUAUUUCUGAGGAUCCUCUCCACUCACAGUACGACGUCCUGCUGACCAGAGCAGAGGAGCUUGGGAGCCUUGAUGGCGAGUCCUACUCUGACUGCAAGAACCUCAUCCACAUUCUGCAGAAGAAAGUAACGUCGCAAAAAGAAAAACUGGAAAGCAAGAAGACAGAACUGGAAGGCCUGUGCAAAAAAAUAAAGACCCUGGAAGGUGCCAAGGAAACACAGUUCCUGCUGAUGAUGGAGAAGAAACAAAAGAGCGAAACCGUGCAGAAGCUUGAGAAGAAGGUUGAAAAGCUUCAGGACCAGCUGAGUGAAGCAAAGUGUUCCAACCAGACUCUGAAGAACAAACUUGCUGAAACCAAAAACCUUCAGGUAAAAACCGCCGAACAGAGCAAAACUAUCGAAGUGCUAAAUAAAUCACUGGAGGCGGUAGAAAAAAUCAAGGACAAGGCAGCUCAGAAAGUUGUCAGCCUGAAAACAGAGCUAGACCACACAGAGAGUGAGGUCAGAGAGGAAAAGGAGAGGGCGCAGUACAUGUUGGAGGCCAUCACUAAUGAGCUACGAACUGUUAAGAGGGCGCUGGAACAAGUGGCCACAAGAGAGAAAAGGCUUAUAGAUUUCAGAGAAUCUGUCACAAGGCUGCUGGGAUUCAACACCAACACUAUGUCCAUUCCUGACCAUGAGAUUCUCUCGCAGCUAAAGAGCUCUGUCCAGCCUUAUGGAAACCAAGGUGACCCAGGACAUAACCUGGAUGGCUCCCCCGCUGGGCUGCACUAUGGGUUCAGGGACGGCUACAACAAGCCCCAGCACUUCGGUGCUACAGCAGCACCACCCAGCCAAGCCAAAGUCCAGUACGUUUCUUCUGAAAAGAAGCCUGGUAAAGCUGCCAAAUCAGCAAAGUGGUAAAACGGCUCAGUACAUCAUGGACUGGAUUUAAUAGGCUUUCAUGUUUACACCAUCUUUCUAAACAGAAACUAAAACGAACAAAAUGAUCAUUGUACUGUAUACCAGUUGCAUCUUAUUUAGGACUUCCCAGAAUUCUUGUAAUAAAACUCAUGAUAUCUUUUUACUGUACUGUUUUUGUAUUUAAUUAUAUUAAUAAGGGGGUCAAUAAAUUACACCAAUAUGAUUAACAUAUUAACAUAUGAUUAAUAUAAACACCAAUAUGAUUAAUAUAUUACUGGCUGCACAGAUAUCUCGUAGCACUAAUCUUCACCUAUUCUAUUACUGGCUGGUUUCACAGCACUAAUUUUGGACUACCCAAUGUUACUUUAGGUAAGGUAGAGCUGAUUUGGUUCUGUGAAACCAGCUAUGCCUUAGGAAAUUGAUCUAGGCCAAGUUCAAGAUUAGUACCAUAUGAUUCACCACUGUUAAGAUCAUAAAAGUAGAACCCAAUAACCUCAGAAUGUUUUAUUUGCUUUAGAUUACAGAUCAACUUGGAGUGUUAUUGUGAUGUGGUUAAAAUAAUUCGGCAGCAUAUAAUAUAAUAAGGCAUAGCUAACAAGCAUGUGUUAGUUAAAAAAAUCUUGAUGUAGAAACAGAUACUGUGAACCUUUCUAUUCUAAAAAACAAAACAAACCGAAAGCCUGAUGUCUUUUUUUAUUUUUAUUUUUGUAUCAUUGUUUUUUUUAAUUUUUUUUAAAUUAAAUUAUUGUUUGAAGUCACAUAUAUACUGCAAGCACGGAAAAUACCAUUGAUUUUUAAGGGAGAAUGUCAAUGUUAGAAGUGCAGGGGUAAUAUCUGAUAUGAUUGCUGCGUUUAUAGCUUUUACAUGUUACUCAAACGCUCAAGACCUGGGUUAUUGAAAUUACACUUGUGGAAGAUGAAGGCUCAGUCUGUAAUGUUGUAUCAUAAAUGUUUAGGUAGAUAUAAUUUAAGACAGAACAUUGAUUUCAUAAAGGACAUACCUGGUUAUGUUUUCAAUAAAAGGCAAUACAAUUAAGAAUAGAGCUUUUCUUGAUCUCUUUGCUAAUUUGAAAUAUUUCUCUUUAAGGAUGAUUAUAUGUGUGCUGAAUUAAUUAUGUUUGAACUGUUACAAAUAAUUGAAUAUAAAGGAAGGACAAUGGAAAUAUGUAUGUAUACUUGUCUAAAUGACAGGCGGUAUGUAUGUUUUCAACAAUAAAUGAUAAUACAUUUCAACAGCAA